CCGCUUCCACCCACGGUCAGCCUGAUGGGAUGCUGCUGGCGGAAUGUUUGAGGCGGGCUCUUUGGGGAGAGACCCAGGUGUUGGGACAACGUCCGCGAACCGCUAGUCCUUAUCGUACCAGUAUUACAACACAUCAGCAUUACCUGCUGCUGAGCCAUUUUGGACGCACAGAGCUCGACGGGUUGCAGCUCGUCUCUUUAGCUGGCCGCUGCUGACUGCACAAGAAGCCUGUACGGAAGUUGCUGAAUGGCAGCUCUUUUCCAGAAGUUCACAAUGAAGGCGAGCGUUUUUCUGCUGCUGUUCGCCGCUUUCAUCUGUGGACUGGCCCACGGAGAGGAAAACGAAGCCGAGGAGCUGCAGGUGGAGACCCUGGUGAAACCCGAAACUUGCUCUGUACUUUCCUCAAUGGGAGACACGCUGCAAAUCCACUACACGGGUAAACUGAUGGAUGGAAAGGUGAUUGACUCAUCGCUGUCUCGGGAUCCUCUCGUUGUUGAGCUAGGGAAGAGGACUGUUAUUGCAGGUCUGGAACAAAGCUUGGUUGGCGUGUGUGAAGGGCAAAAAAUCAAAGCCACUAUUCCACCACACCUUGCAUAUGGAAAAAAAGGUUACCCUCCUACGAUUCCAGGUGAUGCUGCUCUUGAGUUCGAUGUGGAGGUGAUUUCUCUGUUACAACAGACGCCGUGGCAGAAAAUGGUCAACGAUGUUUUCCCCCUGGUGUGUUUGGCCCUGGUACCCACUUUACUUGGCUUGGUGGGACUUUACCUCUACAAAAAAGCCAAUGCCCAGAAACCUAACAAAAAGAAGGCAAAGGAUAAGAAGAGCAAGAAGAAAUAAGGGCAAAGGAACACAAUUAUUUAAAUAAAUUUUUUUUAAUUGAA